GAGCCCUUGGGCCUUGAGACCCAUCGAAUCAAGCAGUGAGCAUGAGAGGUUUCUGGUAUGGCGGUUACCCUCGUCUACCUCGCGUGAUCUCUCUAAACUGAAACUCCGUGAUUCUACUUGCAUUCUAUCUUUUUUAGAAUCACACAUACCCUUUACUCACGAGAGUAGACGACGGUGGCUAGCAUAAUUCUGACGUCGGACCACCACCGCACCGCCCUUCGCCGCCGCGAACAACCACACCGCGCCUCGGAGCUACCAUCACAUCACACUUGACGCCAUAUUCACACAACAAAACUGAAUCGGGCGCGAGUUCUCACUAUCACAUUCAAUUAUUCAUGGCUCUGAGAACGGUGACUAGAAGGUUAGGGAAGAAACUCUUACCUUCCGCUUCCAGGCUACUACAUUCUCAUGCCACCAGUUUCGGGUUCAAACAGGUAAACGAAGACGAAAAGGCUCGCAUGGUCGGCGACGUCUUCACGAGCGUUGCUGGGAAAUACGAUCUCAUGAAUGAUCUGAUGAGUGCUGGAAUGCAUAGAUUGUGGAAGGAGAGGCUAGUUUCCAUGCUGAAUCCUUUUCCUGGAAUGAAGCAUCUUGAUGUGGCUGGUGGCACAGGGGAUGUUGCUUUUAGAAUCUUGGAGAACAUUAACAAAGUUAAGCAGAGAGGACCUCGAGAUGUUAAUGAAGAUAGUUUAGAGGCGGAAACUAAGAUAUAUGUAUGUGACAUUAAUCCUAACAUGUUGAAUGUUGGCAAACAGCGGUCCGUGGAGAUGGGUUUUGGCGAAGAUAGUUCCCUUGAAUGGGUGGAGGGAAAUGCUGAAAGCUUGAGUUUCCAAAAUGAUUCAAUGGAUGGUUACACAAUUGCGUUUGGGAUAAGAAAUGUUACGCACAUAGAGAAAGUUCUUAGUGAAGCUCAUAGGGUUUUGAAACACGGAGGAAGGUUCCUUUGCCUUGAACUAAGUCAUGUUGAUAUUCCAGUAUUUAAGGAACUGUAUGACUAUUAUUCUUUCAAAGUUAUUCCACACAUGGGAGAGCUGGUUUCCGGGGAUAGGCAGUCCUAUCAGUACUUGGUUGAGAGCAUCCGGCGUUUCCCCCCACAGGAAAAAUUUGCAUCGAUGAUUGCAGAUGCUGGGUUCCAGAAAGUAGAGUAUGAGAAUCUAGUUGGGGGAGUGGUUGCCAUCCAUUCAGGGCUCAAAAUCUGAUAUUAUAUUUACGAAUCUUAAUUGUCGAAUAAUUCACGCAUCUUUUCACAACUUUGCAUGGAAAUCAAGUAUGAUGUUGGAACUCGUGGAGAAGAGUUGAGUUUGCUAGGAUGUGAACUGUAAUUUAUGUGGUUAUAUUUUGCGUUGAAAUUCUUUUGCCGAAACUUGCCAAUUUUUCUUAGGACUUGUAAUAUUCAACUCUCAUGAGGAUAGUAGCUAUUUAUAAUUUUAUAUUUUUUCAUGAAA